AUGGAGGGUAAUCACAGCGGCUCGUCCGACGGACACACCGAUGACAACAGCUCCGCCAACCGCACCUCCCAGUUUGCAGACGUGGCUCUGCUGCAGACCCUCAAGCCUCUCAUCGUCCCCUGUUACGUGCUCGUUGUGGUGGUGGGCGUCUUUGGGAAUUACCUGCUCCUCUAUGUCAUUUGUCGAACCCGCAAAAUGCACAACGUCACCAACUUCUUCAUCGGCAACCUGGCCUUCUCCGACAUGCUCAUGUGUGUGACCUGCGUCCCUUUCACGCUCGCCUACGCCUUCAACCCACACGGUUGGGCUUUCGGUCGGCCGAUGUGCUACCUGGUGUUCCUCAUCCAGCCGGUCACGGUCUACGUUUCCGUCUUCACGCUCACGGCCAUCGCCGUGGACAGGUAUUACGCCACCGUCCACCUCAUGAAGAAGCGGAUCUCCGUGGCCACGUGCGCCUCGGUCCUCGCUGGCAUCUGGCUGCUGUCCUGCGGGAUGGUCGCCCCGGCGGUCGCCCACACGUACCACGUGGAGUUCAAGGAGGAAGGCUUCACCAUCUGUGAGGAAUUCUGGCUUGGUCAAGAGAAGGAACGACGUGCUUACGCAUACAGCACGCUGCUGGUCACGUACGUGCUGCCGCUGUCGGCCGUCUUCGUCUCGUACCUCUGCAUCACCGUGAAGCUGAGGAAGUGUGUGGCCCCGGGCCACCGGACGCAAGGCCAGGCGGGAGCUCAGCGAGCACGCAAGAGGAAGAUCUUCCGCCUGGUUGCGCUCUUGGUGUCUGUCUUCGCGGCGUGUUGGCUUCCUAUUCACGUGUUCAACGUGCUGCGAGACAUCGACAUUCACCUCAUCAACAAGCGCUGCUUCCUGCUCAUCCAACUGCUGUGCCACCUGUGCGCCAUGAGCUCCUCCUGCUGUAACCCCUUCCUUUACGCGUGGCUGCACGACCGCUUCCGCACCGAGUUGCGGAAGAUGUUCACGUGUCACCAUCGCAUCGGAGGGCCCGCAAACCACCGCGCUGCCAGCGUGGUCCUGUAA